UCUAGCAGUUCCUUUCUGCUACUUCUGUUCCCUCGACUACGUUCAGACGCCAAGGCUGGGCGGGGCCCGGGCCUGGGCAGCCCUUCCAGUGGACAACGAAAGCUGAGGCCUGGAGCGGGGAGGCGGUGGCCUCGGAGACUAGGCGGCCGCUGCUCGGGGCUGGAAGGCCCCAUGGCGCCGCCCCCAGCCCGGCUCCUGGCUCCGAAACCCGGGGAGACCCGGCCUGGUUGCAGGAAGCCUGGGUCUCUGAGGUUUGCGGACGUGGCCGUGUACUUCUCCCUGGAGGAGUGGGGGUGUCUGCGGCCCGCGCAGAGGGCCUUGUACCGGGACGUGAUGCGGGAGACCUACGGCCACCUGGGCGCGCUCGGAUUCCUAGGCCCCAAACCAGCCCUCAUCUCUUGGAUGGAACAGGAGAGCGAGGCUUGGAGCCCCGCCGCCCAGGAUCCUGAGGAGGGGGAAAGCCUGGGAGGAGCUCGGAGAGAAACCACUAACCCACCCCUAAGAGUGGAAGUGCCUUCAGAUCUGCCCUUCACAAUCCUCAAGCAAGGAGAUACCCCAAAUAAGGAAGAGAAACCCAAGGAAGAGCCAAGAGCCGAAGAACCUGGAAAGACCCCUGGAAAGGAGCAGCCUGAAGAGCUGAUUAAACACAACCCUGAUUGUACUGUUACUGGGGCCUUGGAAAGAACACAGCCACUCUCAAGAGCUUCCUGGGACCAGAUCACAGGUGCACAGCCCACUGUCCCUGUGCCCACUGUGGAUGCUCAGGCCAGCCAGCGGCGACAUGUGUGUACAGACUGUGGCCGCCGCUUCACCUACCCCUCGCUGCUAGUCAGCCAUCGGCGAAUGCACUCCGGUGAGCGGCCCUUUCCCUGCCCUGAGUGUGGCAUGCGCUUCAAGAGGAAGUUUGCUGUGGAAGCACACCAGUGGAUCCACCGCUCCUGCUCUGGAGGGCGGCGUGGCCGGAGGCCUGGGAUCCGGGCUGUGCCUCAGGCCCCAGUCCGAGGUGAUCGGGACCCACCCGUGCUGUUUCGACACUACCCGGACAUCUUUGAGGAGUGCAGCUGAGCAGCUCCCAUGGGCUAGAGUUGAGCCUAACCUUGGCCCUAAGGGCUGACUGAGCCCUCAGGUAGCCUCCUGAGUCAGAGACCUGGGAACUGAAAUUCAUCCCUUGGGCUUUCCUCAAGGAUCCCUCAAGUUUCCAACUUGUAAAAAGACAAGUGCCUAUAAAGAUUCAAGUAGAUUAAACUUGCUACCCUUCUUUCAAUCUUUUUUAA